CUUGAACUUUUAUAGAAAAGUAAACAAAAAUGAUUUUUCGAGAGAUUUUAACUUCUAUUUAUUAGGAAAGACAGUGACACGUGAUGAGACGGCUAGUAACAGGCGAGAUAUACCACAGGGGAAUCAGUUCUAGUUUCUGUAACUGUAACAUCAAGAAACAAGAAUUUUAAAAGGUCUUUAUUUCUCCAAUGAGAUGGGAAGUGGCUUGCAGCAAUGGAAUACAAGGAAGAGAUUAUAAAACCAGGUGACUACAGCAGUCCACAGGGCGCUUACAUCAAAGAAGAGAAUGAGAUAAGCGUGGAUGAAGAAUGUGAUCUCUUUAUCAAGGAAGAAAUGAGCACAGUUGAGGAGAGCUUUGCAGGAGGAAACAACAGAGAUGAAGAUGCACAGGAGAGUAUUGCAGGAGGAGGCAACAGAGAUGAAGAUGCACAGGAGAGUAUUGCAGGAGGAGGCAACAGAGAUGAAGAUGCACAGGAGAGCGUAGUGUAUGUGAAGGAAGAGAGUAGCAAUCCAAGUGAUGGAGACAAGGAAGAUCAGUACUUAUUUUGCGGUGGGGAUCCUCUGGCGACACAGAUGAGUAAAGACCCAAGUUCAGGGCAAAGCAGAGGAAGAGUAAAAGCCAAGAAGAGCAUUAAUUGCAAAGAGUGUGGAAAGAAAUUUCCUUGGAAGUCUGCUCUGUUGAUUCAUAUGAGAGUGCAUACCGGUGAGAGGCCAUUCAAGUGUGAAAUGUGCCACAAAAGGUUUCAGUUCAAGAGCACGUUGAAGGUCCACCUGCGAGUGCACACGGGGGAACAACCAUACGAGUGUGAAGUGUGUGGCAGAAGCUUUGGCUACAAAGUGUCUCUGGUGGGUCACAUGAGACAGCAUUCAGGGGAAAAGUUUGAAUGCGAGAUCUGUGGAAAGAAGUUUCUCUCCAGAGCCAUCCAGAAGAGACACAUGUCAAAGACCUUUUGUCAUGAGGUGUCCCUAAAAGUGCACAUGUUAGGACAUAAUGUUGAAAAACUUUGCAAGUGUAAGAAAUGCUGGAAGCGGUUGACUCGAGCAGUAGAGGGCCAGUAACUGUGUUCUGAAUGAAUGUGAUUUUUUUUGUAGACGAUUUAUGCAUAUAUGUGCCAUAGACAUGGGAAAUGUCUUGAAAUAUAGUCUUAUAAGAAGUAUAGAUUAUACUGCUUGAAUAACAUUUUUAACUUUGUAUAGAAAGAUUGUUAAGUAUUCUAAUUAUAAAUUGUUACAUGUCAUCAGCUGUUUCUAUAUAUUUUUUCACAUAAAAUUCAUGAUCAUAUUUUCAAUAAAUGUUAGUCUGUUGUUA